CAUUUCCGUUUUCUCUCUGCACAAAGAGAAGUUCGUUCUCAGUGAUGAUACUCGAAGCGAUGAAUGCUGUGAAAUGGUACUUCAAUAGGAACUGGAGAAGACGAGACCUCAUGAAUUCCGGAACAAUUCCUGUGCCAGCUCACGAAAUCUUGGAGACGGUGUAUCUUACUCUCUUUGGUGCCAUGUUGUGCUCUACCGUUGGAUCAUACUUUCACUUGUUCUGGGAAGUGGGAGGGCUGUUCACAGUCCUUUGUUCUGUAGCAAGUUUACUCUGGCUUUGCUUUACAUCACCACAGAGGGUGGCGAGGAGGGUCUCACUCUUAUUGAUGGCUGCCUAUUACUUCGGUGCUUCUGUUGGCCUUUUUACAAAAUAUCUCUUUGAAAUGGCUCAAGCAAAGCAUUCCAUACUUGCUCUCCAGCCUUGUUGUGCAACCUUUUUGGCAGGUACAACAAUUGGCGUUGCAAUUUUCUAUUCUAAAGCAUUGAUAACAAGGGAAAGGAGUGACAUCUAUCUCGGUUUCCUGCUUUAUUCUUGUGCUCAAAUCGUCUCCUGCUUUCAAGUCAAUGCUAUUGAUAUCAUUGACAGCCACACAGCUCAUGCAAUGUUUAAGGUAAUUGUUGUGCAGAUAUUGUUCAUGGGGUACCUUGUGGUAUAUAGCCAAGAGAUAUUGUACAAUGCUCACUUGGGAGAUAUUGACAUUGUCAACUGCACACUGACCGUCUUCUUCCAUUUACCGGGUAUACUGGUCCAUGCUGCAAGAGUACUAUGUCUGCCUGAUUGAGCAACAGCCGCAGAUAUAAAAUUUCUUAGGGAGCUGUAAAUGAUGAGAGAGUGUUAUUUUGUGGCAACAUUUUACUGAUUGAAUUUGGAAUAGCCAAGUGCUUUGAAUAAUCCAGGCACAUACGUACUGAUUGUG